AUAUAAUCUCUUUUGAGAAAUAUGCAUUUGUAUAUAGAGGGUUCCCUAGUUGUUCAUUUUCUUUACCCCAUUCUCUGAGAAUUUGUUCGAAGCUAAUACUCCUCUCUCCGGCGGCAGUAACAGCGGUGUAUUGAGAUCGGCUGACAAAUCUUGGAAUUCCGGCCGGUAUUCACUUCUGCUCCGUGGAGUUAGAUUCUGUUUUCAGGUGUUGGCACCACAAAAAUACUUACAAGUUAAUUUGAAGGAUGAGGAAUACUACUGUAUAUCCAUCGCUCUAUGUUGGCAACAAUGAUGAUCAUCAAAUGCUCAACUCGGAUAUCCCACUGCAUUCAACAAUGCCAAAUCACAAUUCCAGCGAUUUACAAGAGAAAAAUAUUGUUUGUGAGUACAAUUUCUUUCAUGAGUCUCAGCUCAGUAAUAAUCAAGUCCUUGGUAGCUUUUCUCCAUUAUCAGCCAUUGAGAUACCUUCACCUCUUAACUACCUUAGUCUGCUCCCAGGGUUGCACCCAAUUUCGGAUGCAUCUGUGAGUAAUAUCAUUGCAAGUAGUACUACUACUGCAAUGCAUCGCGAUGCUGCUGCUGAGCAACUAUAUGCUCAAUACCUAUUUUCAGCUCACAGAAAUUCACUUGAUAAUGAUGGAAAACGAACUAUAGUUAAAAGUGACAUUGGUUCUGCAACUGUUGAAGGGUCCAUUAAGAGAACGAAGAAUGUUGUGCCUAUUGCUAUGGCAAAAGACGACAGACACCCACAAAGCCAAUAUUUUGUUGACAAAAGAAUGUCGGAACCAACUCGAGGAAAACAACCCAAGGCACAAGAAAAAUGGUUAUUGGAACUAGAAAAAGCCAAGGCUAAACGACAGCAGUUGGAAGUCACACAAGUACAAAGCCAAAUUCGGCAGAAAAGGAGCCAAAAGAUAGGAGAUAAAAUAAUAACACUUCAAAAGUUGGUGUCACCAUUUGGAAAGACUGAUACAGCUUCGGUACUUAAGGACACUGCCGAUCAUAUCAAAAUGCUUUAUAAUCAAAUUGAGCUGCUCACUAAUCCUUACUUCCAACCCGAUGCUUUUCUCCAUCAUUACCAUAAACAACAUGAUCUGCAGGUUGGUACGGGAGAAAUGAGCAAUGGCCUGGCAGAAAGAGGACUUUGCCUAGUCCCUGUCUCUUUCACUCAAAAUAUCACUAAACAAGAAAAGCGUUAACUUUCUCUUUUCCUGCAACCUACUCAGACGUCUCGACUCCGUGAGUCAGCUAACAGGAGAAAAACCAGCUCAUAACAUUACAUUUUUAGAUUCAUACUCCUAGCCUAAUUAAAGUCUCAAGCUAUAUAUGUAGAAGAGAUGUUAAAUGAAAAUAAAGUAGAUGAUUCCAGGCAUAUUUCUUUCAAUGUAGUGGUUGAAACAUUAUUAGAUUCACAUAUCAUU